UUACUUUAAUAUGAACAUCUUCUACAGCUGGGUAGAAUUUUGGCAACGCAAACGAAGGCAAUAUAUUUGCUCCUCACAAACCUGGACCGAUACAGUGUUUCGUACAUUUAUGAAUUCACCUUGUCAAAUAUAUGGUCGUUAUAUGUGCGAUGAACAUGAUGACGAUUUACGUGAAACACGUUGUGAUAAUAAAGGUGGACAACAAUUAAUGGAGUCAUUAAAAUUCGAUUUGGAAUGUGGUUGGGAUAAUGCCACCUGCCGUGAAGCCUUCAUAGUACUUAUAUUUUCUCUAGUUGGACUAUUAUCCUGGAUGUGACUGUUGUAUUUCAUUUUUCAAACGUCAUCAGAAUUUUAUAGUAUCUUAGAGAAGGUGUAUGGCGGCGAUCAAUUAGCUUAAGAUUUUAAUAUUAAAAUUAAGAAAGAUUUUUAUUAAAACCGAAUGAAGUAGUGUACUGAUAGUAAGCAGCAAUGUCAUUAGUUUACGACAAAAAAAAUUAAAAAGCGUUGUUACUUAUUCAAAAGUAUAAAUGUAGUAUGCAUGUUAGUUGGACCUAUAAAUUAUGUAUCUGAUGUUUGAAAAAUGCCUUCCCCCUGGAUCUAAACGAAUAACUCUGUCUAUGUCUUUUUGCUAUGGAUAUUUUGGGCAUUAGAGAGCCUCGCGUGAAAAACAUUUAAAAUUAUAACCAAAAUUUUUAAAAUUAACUUUAAUCAAUUUAUUCAAAGUUUUAAAUAUUUGGCAAAUGUUACUUUUAUCAUAAAUAAUUUUGUGUUAUAAUUUACAUUUUUUACUGCUCUAUUAAAGUGUAGGAACUCUAAUGCGCGUAUGUAUAUUUGAUAUAUAUUUUUUAAAUAAUAUUAAAUAUACAUGUGUAAUUUUGUAUAUCGAACGAAUAUUUCUCACUAUUUGCUAUAAUUAUAUGUAUACUUAUUAAAUACGUACCCACCACAGUUUGCAAUAAUCACUGUCAUCAACUUUUUAUUAAAACAAACUAUUAAUUCUAUAUUUUUAUAACAAUAUUUAAUUCCUAAUAUAUAAAGUUUAAGUCACUUUUAAGUAGUACGUAUAUCACAAACUAUAUCCUUCCUUAUACAUACACUGAAAAUAAUCCAUGCUCAACUUUAC